ACAUAUAAGCAGACACAAGGACUCUUUUCUUAUUCAGCCUCUGACUACAGACAUGGCUUCUGUCCACACCUUGGUUGUCCAUUCAAAGAAAUGGCCGUUAAUGACCUUUGAGACCACUGAGAAUGACAAAGUGAAGAAGAUAAAUGAACAUAUUAGGUCCCAAACCAAGGUCUCUGUACAGGACCAGAUCCUUCUGCUAGACUCCAAAAUCCUUAAGCCCCAUAGAAAAUUGUCAUCUUAUGGGAUUGACAAGGAAACCACUAUCCACCUUACCCUAAAGGUGGUGAAGCCCAGUGAUGAAGAGCUGCCCUUGUUUCUGGUGGAGUCAAAAAACGAGGGGCAAAGGCACCUCCUCCAAGUUCGAAGAUCCAGCUCAGUGGCCCAGGUGAAAGAGAUGAUCAAGAGUGUGACCGCUGUGAUCCCUAAGAAGCAGGUUGUGAAUUGCAAUGGAAAGAAGCUGGAAGAUGGAAAGAUCAUGGCUGACUACAACAUCAAGAGUGGCAGUUUGCUCUUUCUGACAACACACUGCACUGGGGGAUGACCACGGGGAUGGGGUGACAAGAAGCUCAAAGCCGAUUUCCUUUGAGCUAUUACCAAUCACGUCUCUUGAUGAUAUAAAAAAUUAAUGAGAAUGAAAUAAAUAUUUGAGGGAAGUGGAGUAGAUUA